AUUCUGUUCAAGCUCAUCCCGGACAAACUUCCUCUUCUCUCCCUCUGUUUCCCUUUUCUACUUUAUUCAUUCCAAAAACAUGAAGCUUCUUGCCUCUGCUGCUCUUUUGGCUUUGUCCUCCAUGGCCUUGGUCGCCGAUGCUCACAUCUCCUUCCGUUACCCAUGCCCUCGUAAGGCCCCUUACUCUGAGUGCCCUAAGCCCAACGACAACCAAUGGGGCGAGGUUGACUACGAUGUUCAAUCUCCCGUUGGUACCUACAACCACAUUUCAGACCCCAUCUGCAAGCACUCCAGCUCAUUUGCUGGUGUCCGCCCCACUUUCCAGGCUGGUUCCACUAUUCCCGCCAAGAUGGAUGUUGAUGUUAACCACAGGGGAGGAAGCUGCCAAUGGGCUCUUUCCUAUGACAACGGCAAAACCUGGGUUGUUAUCCAAGAUCACUUCCAAGACUGCCUUGCUAACGCUCCUGCUGGCAGCACUUUCUCCCUCCCAGUGAGGAUCCCAGCCAAUGCUCCCUCGGGUCCCGCUGUCCUCAACUGGCUCUGGAACAACAACGAGGGCAACCGUGAGUUGUACUCGAGCUGUGCUGAUAUCGUUAUCCAGGGAACCAACGGUGGAUCUCUCUCAGGGGUUGCUCCUCUCUUUGCCAACUAUGGUGCCGGUAGCCCUUACAUUCCUGAGAGGGCUGUCUCGGGUGGCAACUGGGGCAAGCAAUACUUUGAUGCUCGCAAGCCCAUCACUGUCACUGUUCCUCCAAGGCAACUCAAGAGACAGGUUGUUCCUUUGAACUAAAUGUUAUCAACUACAUUAUAAUAUCAAU